GCCGCACCGUGAACUGUCUUUGUUUUUGUUGUUUUAGACAGUGGUCGGUCGGCUGUCUGUGCUGUGUUCCUGCUGUGUUCAAAGAUAUUUGACAGCAGAAAAUCAGACAGUUAGUGAACGAGAUUUUAUGUCUCGACUUUCAUCUUGGGUCAUUUGUCAUGUGUGCAUGUGCUCGUAGUGAUGCAUGGGCAGAAAUUGUGAAGUCUCCAAACUUUCGGGCGUCGUCUGCUAUCUCGACGCGGUAACUCAAAGCUAAAAGCGGAGCGGCAGGGGACAGGACGCGGCUUUUUAGGGGAGGUUAGCAGACGUGUAAAUACCUGUUUUAUUUCUGAAAUGGCGUCCCUAAGGCAUGCAGGUGGUCAGUCCAGAAUUGAGCAACUGUGGAGACAAGUUUUGGACACAUUUAGAUGGACUGCCGGUGGAGCAGUCCACUACGAGGACGAGAGCUUUGCUGUGAUGAAACGUCAGGUUGAUGCCCUCACAGCAGAAGACAUCUCUUUAGAAGAAUCUUUGUCAGAAAUGCGGCAACAUCAAGGUUUUAGGAAUGAAGAGGCUGUGGGAAAUAUACACAUAUGUGACAGUGACAUUGCCACAAUGCAGGUUUUUGUGCUACACAAAGAUCAGCAAAUGCCAAUUCAUGAUCAUCCACAAAUGAUUGGCAUUUUGAAAGUCAUCAAAGGAUGUGUUCGCAUUAACAGCUACUCUUUUAAGGGCUACGAGCGGAAAAUAGCUGGAGCUUCUAUUCUCCAGACCAGUAAACAAACAAUGGAUGUAUGUAAAGGUGAUCCAGCAUGCGUGCUCACUCCAAGUGAGCGCAAUUUUCAUUCUAUCAUCGCUUUGAACGGUGAAGCUGCCUUCCUUGACAUCUUGUCACCACCAUACUUCACAAGAAGACCAGGACAUGAACUUAAUGUUUGCAAUUAUUAUCAAGAAGGUGGUUUGGUUGGAGGAACUGAUGAAGAAAACUUAGUGAGACUGGAGGAAAUUCGUCCUCCUGAAGAUUAUUGGACUGUGAAAGGGGAAUACAAGGGACCCAGAAUUCAACAGCAUUUUGGAAUAUCUAACCCGCUUAGGCCUUCAUUUUCUCAAAAAUAGAUACUUAUAAAAUUCCCAAACCUAAUGUUAUACCAUUCUGUUUUAAUUAAACCAAUUUUUUUUGUUCUCAUUAAUUAUUAAAACAGAUCUCCUGAAUAUUUAAUUGCAACAAGUAUUAUAAAUAUCUUCAGCUUAGAUGGUCUAGAUGUACCUAUCGUCUUUCAAUGUUAUGGUUCUAGUCUUGCCAGUAUGAUAUUCAUCGUUAUCCAUUUUUAUGAGAUACCAAAUGUUUUGUUGUAGACAGCCGUCAUUGAAUCACUUAUAUAGAUCCAAUUUCAAUGUUUAUGCAUGACUCAUUUUAUUUUUGUCACCAUAGUAUGCUUAUUUGUACUAACAUUAAUUUGUGUAAUUUUGCAAAAUUCACGUCUUUUUUUGUUUGUUUGAAGAUGUUUCAGAUUUUAAAAAAAUAAAGGGUACGAUGCGUAA